UAAAGGAGGACCUGGCUAAUGUGCAUUGUGCACACUGAUCUCUCCCGGCUAGCUAGGUAUGAGGCACAUGGGAGCCUUCCUCUUUAUCUGUUGUUCCCUGGCUGCGAUUGCAGGGCAGCGUGAUGGUAAAUACAAACCCAUGCAGUGAUGUCACAAGAAGCUGUGUGGAGUUUUACACUCCGGAGCAGUGCGCAUGCGCCGUGCAGCCGCGGCAGCUGCAGGGGCAGCUCUGUCACCGUACACAUUGGAGCAGUGAGAGACAUGGCAAGAGAUGGCGAGUGCAACGAGCAGGCUCCAAUCGUUGCUGCUGCUGCUGCUGCUCUGACAAAGGGGAUCGGGCCUUCCAGUUGCAUUUAGACAAUACCAUCGGCUACAUCAGUAGGAAUAAGAUCUGGGAGCUUGAGCGGGAUCCAAUGCCCACAAGUGCCGGGACUUUUGCCCAGCAGCACGCCAGAUAGAUGUGCGCUUUACUCGCCUGUACGUUCCAUCAUGAACGCUCAGCUGACUAUGGACGCGAUUGGCGAUCUGCACGGGAUAAGCCAUGAGUCGGUGCCAGGCACAGCUGAUCUGAUGGGCAGCAGCCCCCACCACAGGGGCUCAGUCACCCACCGGAGCAACCAUCUGUCCGCUCACCCCAGGUCCAUGGGCAUGGCUUCCAUUCUCGAUGGAGGGGACUAUCACCACCACCACCACCACCACCACAGACCCCCCGAUCACGCAUUAACGGGGCCACUGCACCCCACUAUGACCAUGGCUUGCGAUACCCCUCCCGGGAUGAGUAUGAGCAGCACAUACACCACGCUAACCCCUCUGCAGCCUUUACCCCCAAUCUCUACAGUGUCGGACAAAUUCCCCCAUCACCAUCAUCACCAUCACCCCCACCAGCGGAUACCGGGCAAUGUCAGUGGCAGCUUCACCCUAAUGAGGGACGAUAGGGGACUGGCGUCUAUGAACAAUCUUUACAGCCCCUACCACAAGGAGGUCACCGGCAUGGGGCAGAGUCUGUCCCCGCUCUCGGGAUCUGGUCUUGGGAGCAUCCACGGUGCCCAGCAGGGGCUGCCCCACUAUGCCCAUCCCAGUGCCGCCAUGCCCACCGAGAAAAUGCUUACCCCGAAUGGCUUUGAAGCCCACCAUCCUGCCAUGUUGACAAGGCACGGAGAGCAACAUCUUACCCCUCCAUCAGCUGGCAUGGUGCCUAUUAAUGGGAUACCCCAUCACCCUCAUGCCCAUUUAAAUGCCCAAAGCCACGGACAGAUUCUGGCCUCCACCAGGGAUCAAAAUCCUCCUUCUGUGACUGGAUCACAAAUCAACAAUGGAAGUAAUUCAGGGCAAAUGGAAGAAAUCAAUACCAAAGAAGUCGCUCAGAGAAUCACAACCGAGCUAAAGCGCUAUAGUAUCCCCCAGGCGAUCUUUGCCCAGCGGGUUCUGUGCCGCUCUCAAGGGACCCUGUCAGACCUGCUGAGGAACCCCAAGCCUUGGAGCAAGCUCAAGUCCGGCCGCGAAACCUUCCGAAGGAUGUGGAAGUGGCUGCAGGAGCCCGAGUUCCAGAGAAUGUCAGCUCUUAGGCUUGCAGCAUGCAAACGGAAAGAACAAGAACAUGGAAAAGACAGAGGGAACACACCAAAAAAGCCAAGGUUGGUCUUCACAGAUGUCCAACGCAGAACUCUCCAUGCAAUAUUUAAAGAAAAUAAGCGUCCAUCCAAAGAGUUACAAAUCACCAUUUCCCAGCAGCUAGGCCUGGAGCUCAGCACAGUCAGUAAUUUUUUCAUGAAUGCUCGCAGGAGGAGUCUUGAUAAGUGGCAGGAUGAGGGAAACUCUGGGUCUGGCAACACAUCAUCUUCAUCAAGCACUUGUACCAAAGCAUGAAGGGAAACACACAAACCCCAGAAACUGAAACCUCGGUGGAAAAGCUUUAAUACAAAGACCAGGACCUCAGCUUAGUAGGUUUAUACUUUAGAACUAUUUGAAACCAAAAUAAUUUAUAAGUCCAAAGAAACCAAAGACUCAUUUCUCCUGGUGACUUUUAUUCUUAAGACAUUUUUUCAGGAGAACGACUUGCAAAAAAAAAAUGGAGUCAAAAUAACGAAAUCAAUCCCACUGACCUUACACCUUCACCUGUCAUCCUCAUUAUUCCCACAGUAUUUUGUUGUCUGGUGGUUUGGAAAAUCGUGAUCUCUUGUCAUUGAAUGGACAUCUUAUAGGGGUCUUCAUUCUCACCACCCAUUUCCAUGCAGGUGUAGGGAAGAUCAGAGGUUAAUACAAACCCUUGGUAAGGAACAUGGUCAAAACGUGUCUACAGAAUGGGAUAUGGGUUGACCAACAAGUCGUCUGAGUUUAUUGGAACUGAGUGUAAAUGACUCUCACUGUUUGAACCAAGUAGUUCCACCGUAUGGCGGUAAAGUUCAAACUGUUGAACAGCACCUAAACAUGUGCAUUCUCUCUGUUUGUUAAGGGUUGAUUAGAUACUAGAAAUUAAGCCUUUCCUACCAUAGAAGCAUACCAAAGAAAAAGUAUUUCACUAGGAGUUUACUCUACGCAUUCUAACAUUUCAGCAAUGUUUUACAGUAAACACAGUACAUAAAAUAUAGUUAUAAAUAAUUUACAUUUCUUACAAAAAAAAAGUGCAUUAUGUGCAAAAGGCAUAUUUGUACUUUAAAUAGAAUUAUUUUAAAAAUAGCACAAAAUUCUAGUUUAUGUGGUUUCGUACCACACUUACCAUUUUACAAUUUUUUAAACAGUUUUGCAUUCAAGCACGGAUUCUAGAAAUUCAGGAAACAAGGCCCUACAAGAAAAAAAAAGAAUCUGUACUUGGUGAAUCACUAAUUUAUACAUUUCAAAUUGCUACUGUUAUGCCUGGAUAUUGCAGGUUAUAUCUUUAUUCAUUGUUCCUUGACUCGCUUGCCAUUUGCUAUGACUAAAAGCAGUGGUUGGUUGUACAGAUUUGCAGAGGAACAUCCUAUAAAUGCUGUUCAAGCCAAUGCUGAAGCACCAUUGAAAUAACAGAGAAAUAUUUAACCCCCCUGUCUUAUAUUAGAGUCUUGGCUUGUUUCCAAACUGAACAAGUGGCCAAACAUAGCAACCUCUAUUUGAAAUGAUUUUAAAUUAAGUUUAUUACAAUAAAUAUCAAUAAAUAUAGAUGACUUUUUCUGCAGUCCCAAGGGCUGUACAGUAUAUUUUAUACAAUAACUUGCAUCACAUUUUAUUUGUUUUAAUGAAUAAACGAAUAAGUAUUAAUAGAGGGCACAAUCAGUUCAUAAUAUCCCAAUAAGAUUUUUUACAAGAUCAUGCAGGCUGCAAUUAUAUCCUAUAAUCUGUUAUGAGACAACAACCCCAUAUUCCUGGAAAUAGUUCUGAAUAAUAUCAUACUUAUUUCUGAUCAAUACAAUAUACGAUAACAGUAUUUUACUAUUAAUACAUUUCAUACAAAAUAAAUGUAAAUAUAACAAUCUGUACUACUUCAGAUACAAAAUUCUGCAUAGUAUCUCUUCCAAAUCAAACAUGAUCUUGUUUUAGAACAAACAAACUAAACCGAAUAGUAAAUCAAUUUAAUAUGCUGUAUAUUCUUAUUCUGCAAUUCACCUUGGAAUUUACCAUGCUAUGUGGUAUUUUCAAUGCAUUUUAUCCAUAACUUGAACUUCUAAAAUUUUGAGCAAUGCUAAACCUUAGUAUGGAUAUUCUAUUAUUUAUACAGGGCACUGAAAUUAUUUACAAAUACAUACAGUCUUUGCAGGUUUAUUUAACAAUGUUGUUUUGUUGUGUAGACGAACUCCAGUAUAUCCCAAAGAUAAUAUAUAUAUUGCACAAGAAAAAACCUACUAUAUUUUAGCAAAAUAACCAUAUUUCCCAUUGUUUUUCUCUUUUAUUUACUCUCCUGUAUAUUUUUUAUGUAGUGUUUGGAAUGUUUUGAAGUACAACCACCCAAAUAAUUGCUUAUACCAAAGAACACAAUCCUAAGAGCAAUGACCUUGGAGUAUGGACACAUUUUGAGACACUUUUCACCAUAUGCAUAAUCAGAUAACUAAUCCAUAAUCUUUGUCACAAGGAGCACACCGUCUUUCUUUAAAUAAGCCAUUCUUCUAAUAAACUAGCAUCUACUCAUGGAUAUAGUAAAGUGUUUAGAUCUCAGGGCUUCAGAUUGUAGAGUUUCCAUACAUUAAUGGUGAUUGUUGUAUGCUUUAUAAUGGUCAUUUUACUCAUGACCGUACAUGGAUCCGAUUUUUGUUGUAUCUUUUUUAUCUGUUCAUUUGUUUGACAAUGGCUCUUUUCUUGCUGGUACUGCAAGCCCUUGAUAUACCAAAGAACCCUUUCACAUUUCCUCUCAGUUGAGGUGGAAAGGCAGUCGUAUUACUACACAGAAUUGAAGGGAGGAAAAAGAAAAGAAAACUAUGCAUUUAACAAACAAAGAGAAAGCACGGAGGCAGUUUUGUCUAACUGACGUUUAUGGUGUGUUCAAAUCCUGGAACAGAAGCCAGUCGGAAUUCUUUGUGCUGGCCUUCUGCUCUAUUGUGGUGUGGUUAGCUUUACAAUACAUUUGGUAACUAUUUCCUAAGACUAUGACAAAGAAGCAAAGAGAUAGCUGCUUCCACAAAAUGUAAAAAAAUGUAAAGAUCUACUAUUUAUAGUGUGAACCAAAGACGCUACCUCACUCGAUUUCCAUUUCGUGAUUUUAAUCACAUUGAUGAUACCAAAGAAUACCAAAGAUUUUUCUUGCACGGCCUUCGUCUGCCAAAGGCACUCUGCGACCUUCCCCUGACUCCUGACCCACAACCCCUGACCUUCAUGAUAUAUAUAUAUAUAUAUAUAUAUCACCUUUCUUUUUUUCCAGAUAUAUUAUAAUUAACCCCUUCAGGGUCAGAGGUGCUUACAAACACCCCUGGGACUGAUGGAGUCAAUAGCAAAGAGACCAGAUGGCUUCACAUGAUCAAGGUCUGGCCUCAUCAAUUUCCCUUGCUGGUGGUGCCCGAACAAAACCUAUUAUGCUGGGCAUAGCUGAUGUCACAUAACAACCACAAACUGCAUUUUUUUAAAUUAAACUGGGAAGACUUUUAUUUUUACAAGGCCUGAUGAGGUCCUAUAACCCAUUAGUAGAAAUAAUGGCCACAUCUGUAAGGUCUGCAAGAUAAUUAGAGAUUUAAGACCAAGACAUCAGAUUCCAGCAGCCUGCCCGUGGUCAUCUGCUGCCUUCUGGACAACCUAGAAUUGUACGCAACAAACCAUUAAUAAUGUUUGAAAAUAAACAAAGCUUUAGGCAAAUAUGUUGCAAACAUUGUAAACUCAUAGGACGAGUGCCUUGCUUAAACCAAAGUGUUAAACCGCCGUUGACCUCUUCUAUCUCACCUUAUACUCUUUGAAUACCUCAGCCUCUUCGAAAGGCCACUGAUUAAAUAAUAGUACUAAUAAUGGAAUAAUUCUUCACCGUGGUGCUUUUGCAUUGCAACCAUGCAAAUAACCUUUCUUUGAUACCAAAGGCAUUUCUUUUUCACUCUAGCUGAUGAACCAAAGUCUUAGUGUGUCCCAGCUUUUGGCAGCAUCCGUUCUCUCCACCUGACCAUUUUGCCCUGAGUACCUGUUGCCUGGAUGUAGGCCGUGCAGUUUCUCUUACCAAUUUCUCCAAAUACCUCAUAGUAUAAGAAAUCUUUAGGAUUACAUUGUAUAGAAAGUCUAUGUGAUAACACAAACAUACUAGUUUGAUAACUGUUAACCUUCAUACAAAAGUUUUAUCAUUAUUUAUUUUGUAGGCUUUUUUUUCCGUUGGUAGAGCCUCUCUUAAAAGAAUUUUUUUUUCCUGUAAGAUAGGGAAGGGGUUGGGUCAGGACAGGUUGCAAAAGUGAAUGCAAUGAAGUUGAAAUGGCUUUGAUUUUUUUUAUUUUAAGACAACGACACUUUGUGUUUGAUAUUCAGCGUUCUUUUCACAGGGUACAAACAACGAAAGAUGUUUCUAGAUGUAAUAAUAAGUCCUUGUUUCUGUUCUUUCUAAAUGUUCUGUGAGCUUUUAUUUCUGUUAUUUUUUUCCUGUUUUAUUUAAUCUCUGCUUAAUUUAUGACUGUAGUUGAAAAAUGCCUGUAAAUAGUCGAUUUGAAAACAACCAAAGUUCAUGUUACAAUCUCUUUUCUUAUUGGUUCAUUUGCUAAGAUGUACUGAGGGAGAGUUGCAUUUCUCUUGAUUGUGCAGGGUGUAUAAAGAUGAAUCUUAGCAGACACCUUGAUGUGUGUUUAAAAACACUGCCAGAUCCCCAUACCUUGUAUUUGCCAAAUGUAUGGAUCAAGGUAUUGUAAUCAAAGAAAAAAAAGUCAUUUGUAUUUAUGUAUAGUUUCAGUUUGUUGUGUUUUGUUAAUUUAUUCCAGAGGGAUUACUUUGUGGGUUUAACCCACAAAUCCAAAGAAGUUUCCAAGCAUUGUUAAAUGUUAAUCAAGCACUGGCAUUGUCAAAGGCAUUUCUUUUUUUUUUUUUUAACUGCUUCAUUUGUGUAAAUAUUUGUGUAUAAUUUUUGCCGUACGCACGGGUAUAGAAUGAUGAGUCGUCACACGUUGGAGACAAACUUGUAUUUGGAAAUCUCUCUACUUUAUAAAUAAAUGGUCAUUGUAAAUUGAAUUUGUGGUUUACAGAGGUGGGUGGACAAACAAUGUCACUGGACCAUUGUAUUUGGUUACCUGGUAUACAAUAAAAGCCACCAAGGGCAGCUGGACUGCUACCUGUCGCAAACAUUGUGUACUUCGGUGACAAAAAUGAAAUACAAUUCUUACUCUUUAAAUAACUGGGAUAGGAUUAUGCACACAAGCACAUUUGUACCUGCCUCUAGGGUGCAACUUUGUUUAACCACCAUCUACCAUAGAGCAAGGAAAGUAAAUUAGGAAUACGCCAAUGCUAAACCUGAAUAUGAUGAUCUGAGUUCAGCAUUCUCAUACCUGUGAGUUCACAUAUUUAGUAAUCUCUACAUCAACCUUCAGAUGGUGAUUAAACUGGUCGCAACUUGGAAUCAGAUACUAAGUUUUUAGGUGUUUUAUUCGACACCUUUAUGGAUUAAAUGUCUGAACAUGUUUUUCAUUUUGGUAUGAUUACUGUAAAAUUGUAAUGCUGAAACAAAAAAAAUGUCACCACUUCUUCUGUCAUGAUGUACACUGAUUUCCUGUGCUACAGCGUCACGUGUUUGUUUCUGUUCUGCCACCAUACUUCAUGCCCUACGUUCAUUUGCAGUGACAAUGAUGUCAGGAAAUUAAAUAAACUGCAUCCAUGUA